UCUAAAAGUAACAAAAAGAGACAAGAUGAGGAAAAACUUCAUGACUGGACUUCUUCUGCUCCUUCUUGCUGCUUCUUCCAUAGAGGCCAGACUUCAAUCUUGCAAGCCAAGUGGAAAGGUAAUGGGUAAGAAACCACCAGCAGGGCAAUGCAACCAGGAAAACAACUCUGAUUGCUGUCAAGCUGGGGAGCUCUAUACCACUUACAAGUGCUCGCCCACCGUUUCUGGCACCACGAAAGCAGUUCUCACCAUCAACAGCUUUGAGAAGGGUGGAGAUGGAGGCGAGCCGUCAGAAUGUGACAACAAGUACCACUCUGACGACACGCCGGUUGUCGCAUUAUCGACUGGAUGGUAUAAUGGAGGGUCAAGGUGCCUUAAAAACAUUAUCAUAAAUGCUAAUGGCCGGAGUGUUACAGCUAAGGUGGUUGAUGAGUGCGAUUCUACAAUGGGAUGUGACAAGGAUCACGAUUACCAGCCACCAUGUCCUAAUAACAUUGUUGAUGCCUCUAAAGCUGUUUGGAAAGCCUUGGGAGUGCCUGAAGAUGACUGGGGAGAGUUGGACAUCACUUGGUUUGAUGCUUAGUGCAGUUGCUAUAUGUUUUUCAGUUGUUAUUAUUGUUAAGUUGUGAAAAUCGAUUUGAAAAAGUCAAGGAUAACUCGAUUCAAUUUAGAAAUCCCAAGUUGAGUUGGAGAAGGAUAACC